AAAAACAUGAAGAGACAAGCGCAAUAGAGCUGAAUGAAGAUACAAUGCGUAUGAUGCUAGAGACAAGAGAGUGAUUAAGGACUUAGCUGGGAACUCCCUGCCAAAGAGAGGCAGAGACUCAAGAAGAGAGCUAUCAGGGGACACACUGGGAUUCAGUGUGGACCUGAGGGAGAGCCGAGGAGAUAAGAUGAGUCUAAAAAACGGUCCCACACUGACAGCCCGUGGACCUGACUUGGCCAGCAUUAGUAACCGAACCCCCUUGGAAGAUGCUAGGAUGCAGUUGAAUCCCUCCACCCCCACCAGGAAACCUAAACCACCUAAGCCGGAAAAUGCCAUCACCAUCGGCGUGUCGGCACGAGUCCUCUUCAACAUGGAGAAGGAGCAGCAGAUCUACCAGCAGCAGGGCCUUGAGGAUUACAUCAAGUAUCAGGUGGAGCAUGAAACGCAGCCUUUUAACCCCGGCCCUGCCUUCUCCUUUGUCAAGGCUCUGGAGGCUGUGAACACUCGACUGAGGGAGCUUUACCCUGACAGCGAGGAGCUGUUUGAUGUGGUGCUCAUGACCAACAACCACGCAUAUGUUGGCCUAAGACUAAUCAAUACCAUCAAUCAUCACCAAUUGUUCAUCGAACGCUUCUGUAUGACAGGAGGGAACAGUCCCAUAGGCUACUUGAAGGCCUACCACACUAACCUGUACCUGUCUGCUGAUCCAGCCAAGGUUCGAGAAGCUCUGGAAGAAGGUAUAGCAGCAGCUACCAUGUUCACCCAAGAGAAGAUGACACAAGUGUCGGACACCCAGCUGCGAGUCGCCUUCGAUGGUGACGCCGUCCUCUUCUCUGAUGAGUCUGAGCGCAUUUACAAGGCCCAUGGACUGGACAAGUUCUUUGAACACGAGAAGGCACACGAGAACAAGCCUCUGGACCAUGGACCCCUGAAAGGUUUCCUGGAGGCUUUAGGAAAGCUGCAGAAGAAGUUUUAUGGCAAAGGUCAGCGCAUGGACUGCCCCAUCCGGACCUACUUGGUGACAGCUCGCAGCGCAGCAAGCUCUGGUACCAGAGCCCUGAAAACUCUGCGUUCGUGGGGUCUGGAGAUCGAUGAGGCUCUCUUUCUGGCAGGGGCACCCAAGGGCCCCAUGCUUGAGAAGAUCAGGCCGCACAUUUUCUUUGAUGACCAGAUGUUUCAUGUGGAGGGGGCAGCGGAAAUCGGGACAGUAGCAUGCCACGUGCCCUAUGGGAUAGCUCAGGGAGUGACGAAGAAAGGAAUUAAUGACAAAGAGACUUCUGCAGCACCAAAGUAGCCUGAACAUCACUGGGCGACGUUAUAACUCUAUCGUUACCGGUUAUUUUAUCCAUUGUUGUUUACGUUUCGAGUAAAAGAGGUACAACUUUCUAACAAGAGCUCAGUUAAACCAUUUAUCAUUUGUUUAUAGGUGUUAAGUAAUGGCUUAGUUAGAUUGUUCAGGGUGCCAGAUUGUAUGACCAUGUUGUGAAAAAGGGCUGCAGAGGAAUUAGACCAAAACAAAUGAUAAAACCACAUAAAUUAACCACUAAUGAUUUAUUAACAUGUAUUACAGUACUAUUAAUAAUUAGAGUAGAUAUACACCAGUCAUCGGGAUCAUUCACAAGCUUGUCACCUACAUCUCUGCUUAUAAUAGUUUCCUACAGCAUUUAAAAAAAAUGCUUUCCUCUUAAUAAAGCCAGUAGUUACAACUUGCAAACCCUGCAUAAAGCUCGGAUGGAAAGAAAGGAUUAAGCCUUUAAAAAAGUGUCAAGCAGAACCAAAUACUGUAAAAAAAAACACCAGGAUUCUAAUCAAGAUGUCUUUAGAUACCAUAUAUAUCGUUUAUUUUUCCAGUUUGAAAGUUUCAUUGAGAUUAAAAUCUCUUUUUCAAGAGCGACCUGGCCAAGAGGGAAGCAUGAACAAUUUUACAACAAAUAAACACAAACCAUGCAGGCAGACGAAAAUCUAUUAUGAAGCAUAAAAACUAACACUAUUUUAAACGACUUCAAUUAGGGGACAUAAGAGAAAUCACAUCGACCAAGAGUAUUUUGUUCUCUAUCCUUUAAAAUGGACUUGAACUCCCCCAUGGUGAUCAAAUCUAUCAGUUUCAGCUCCUUCUGUACAUUAAUCCACGCAGAAGGGGCAGUAUAUUUAAAGCUUUUUCCCCUAGUUAUUUUUUAACCAAGAGUACCAAUAUCUGUAUAAAGUCAUGGGAGCGCAGGCCAUAUGGAUUAGUUUUAUUACACAUAUAUGUGCACAGUUAAGAGGGAACCAGCCCAAGGAGAGAUUCAUAUGUUAAACCCAACCAAUGGAAAAUCUGCGUGCAUACAAAGAUUGCCAUUUAGCAGCAUCAUACAAAGUGCAGUGGUGUACCCAAUAUCCACAUCCAGUUACAAAAUGUAAUGCACGAUGGUACACAGUAUCCAAAUUCUUUAGGCACAGGUCAGAGGCAUUCAUGUAAAAAAGAUCACCAUAAUCCAAUACCGGAAAAAACGUUGCAGAGAUCAAAUGUUUCCUAACCUGUAAAAGAAACCACAUUUUAUCUUUAGCUUGGUAACAACAUUUCAGUGUGAUAGGUUCUUAUCAAUAAUACCUAAACAUUUGGAUGUAGUGACCAUUUCAAUGUCAGUCUCUUGAACUGCAGACAUCUUGGGGAGAAAGAAGUGAAUGAAUCAUGAAUUUGGAUUUGUCUGCAUUUAAUACUAAAUUGUGUUGAGUUAAAUGGUAAAGCAUUUUUACUAUAGAAGAGGAUGAAGAAUAGAUAACAGUAUCAUAUUCAUAAAAAUGGAAAGUAGCAUUUGAUAAAUUAUUGGCGAUUAUUUACAUAUACAGUGGGGAGAACAAGUAUUUGAUACACUGCCGAUUUUGCAGGUUUUCCCACUUACAAAGCAUGUAGAAGUCUGUAAUUUUUAUCAUAGGUACAUGUCAACUGUGAGAGAUGGAAUCUAAAACAAAAAUUCAGAAAAUCCCAUUGUAUGAUUUUUAAAUAAUUAAUUUGCAUUUUAUUGCAUGACAUAAGUAUUUGAUCACCUACCAACCAGUAAGAAUUCCGGCUCUCACAGACCUGUUAGUGUUUCUUUAAGAAGCCCUCCUGUUCUCCACUCAUUACCUGUAUUAACUGCACCUGUUUGAACUCGUUACCUGUAUAAAAGAGACCUGUCCACACACUCAAUCAAACAGACUCCAACCUCUAUUACAUUACAUUACAGACCUCUACAUGCUUUGUAAGUGGGAAAACCUGCAAAAUCGGCUAAUACUUGUUCUCCCCACUGUAUGGUGAACAACAGCGGUCUUAAUAUUGAACCCUGGGGCACACCCCUUUGAUAUAGGGAGGAAGAACAAAUGCAGAGUUCCACAUGUUAGGAAUCUCAUCGAUGGAAAGAGUCAGAGUAGAAAGAUACGUCAGCGGUUUUGCUGUAAAGUCUGCAGCUAACUUAAAUGAGGAUCAAGCUUGUCAAGACAUGCCGAUUUGUGUGGAUCCAGAUUCUGUAAGGCUCUAUGGACCUCUAUCACCUGAAUAAACCUGAAAGUUAAUGGAUGAACCACGGACUGGGAUGGAGGUGUUGACCUCAACCUUCUGUUUAGGGUCUGGUGUAAAGACUCAAACAAAUAACCAGAAGAAAUAAAAUGUUGGUUAUAGCUGUUGAGAAUGGCCGAUUUGUCAGUGAGAGAAUGGGAGUCUUUAACAAUGCAGGCUGGUAUUUCAUGUUUAGUUUCUGUUCCAAAUGAAUAUAUUUAUUACCUUUCAGAAAUUAUGAUCAUUUAGGUUACUGUAGUUUUAGAGAUGUAGUACUCAGAUUUAGCCUUUUUGAUGAGAAAGGUAAAACGAUUUCGGAGCUAUAAAUAAACAAUCCCCUUGGGAUUUAGAUUUUCUGGCCCUAGCCAAGGAAAUAACCUUUUCCUUCUGAAGUCUGGCCAGUUAAGGGCUAAACCAACCAUAGAGGAAACAUCAAGUGACCUAAGAUUAUUUUUGAUAAAGAGGGAGUCUGGAUGCAGCCAAGAUGUGAUUUAUGCAGAAUCUCAAUUUGGAUUAAUGCAGCUCUGUCAAUUCAUUGCUUGUCUUUGUGUUCAAGCGUUUUGAAACUUGUGCCUUUUUGUCAAAGUGGCUUUUUGUUGGUAUCAGUCUGUUGUAAAUGUGGUUGUUGGAUUGAUGCGUAUGAAUGUAUUUAGAAAAUUGCUAAUUUGUGAAAUUAACUAUUUUACUUUAUAUUUAUUUAAAAUGUACUCCUGUUUAUAUUCAGGAUUUAUUGACAUGCAUGUUGUCCCUGAAGUGCCGAAGGUUCAAUGUCUGUCCUGCCUGUCUGUCUCAUUCUUUCAUUCAGUAGCUGUUAUAUUUUAUAAAGUCCAUAGUCACUCUUUGUGUGAGUGUAAAGCAAGUUGGAAUUGACUAAGAAAUCUUGUUAAGAUGUGGAAUCUUGGUAAAUCUGGGCCAAAUGUGUUUAAUUAAAAAUGUAUGUAUUAAAAACAUGUCUUCACUCCCCACCCCUAAAAAGAGCUGAUUAGUUAUGCAGAGGAGAAACGUUUCAGACUUUUAUUCAAUCAUUUUUUGAAAAAGCAAAGGCUAAAACAAGACGACGGUGGCCUGUCUUUCUGUUCACAGCAGGGGGAGACAGACACCACAGGCUGAUUGUCACCUGUUCUGCCUCACAUGAAGACCAGUCAUUUCCAUCCAUGACAUUGAGGCCUUUAAUGUUCUCACCUUUGCAUCAUCAGACAAACAUUUUAUUGUUUACUGUCAACAAUUACUCGGAGAAGACCAAAACCU